CUUCUCUUAAGAUAAGGUUUCGUUUUUCUAUAUAGGCUAACGAUGCGGUGCGCCGCGUGCCACUAGCACCCGCCCGCCGCCGCCACCACCAAGGCGUCGGACAAGGCCAAGGGCGCACGCAAGCUGCGCGGCGCCGACGUCGCCCUCAACCACCACCUCGUAUCCUGGCGCGGCGGCGGCGUCGCCGGGGACGGCUCGGCCGCCACGGGCGGGUACAACUACAGGGGCGCCUCCGCGUCCGCCGUGCUCGCCCACCUUGCCGACGGCAACAGCUGGCACGCCGAGGACGAGGAGGAGGACGAUGCCGAUCUCGAAGCCGCCGCCCCGAAACCAUUUCAGCACCACCUCAAAGGACGACGAAGCCUCCACCCUUGAGACCGUCGUGAAGUGCAAGGAAGUCGAAGCAAAACUGUUCCAGAAGCUGGCCGACGAUGCCCGGAAGGACGUGGAGAACUACCGGCAGAUGGUCCGCAACAGAAACCAGAGCCUGGAGGAAGAGUACGCGUCGAACGUGGCGAAGCUGUGCUUGCAAGAGGCGGACGAGAAGAGGAGGAAGAAGAUGGAGGAGCUCAAGACGCUCGAGAACUCGCACUACGACUACCACAAGAUGAAUGUGCGGAUGCAGACCGAGAUCCAGGGCCUGCUCGAGCGGAUGGAGGCCACAAAGAAGAUGUGGGUGUAGAGGAACCCCGGUAA